GGGAGCCGGGGGGCGGCGGCCAGCGGCCGGGGCGGCGGGCACCGGGCACCUGUCGGAGAGUCUCAGACGAGAGGCCGGAGGCUCCACUCCCUGCGAGCCCAGAUGCCGCUCCAGCCUGCCAGCAAAGACACAGAAGAGAUGGACGCCGAGGGGGACUCCGCUGCCGAGAUGAACGGAGAGGAAGAGGAGAGUGAGGAGGAACGAAGUGGCAGCCAGACCGAGUCCGAGGAGGAGAGCUCAGAGAUGGACGACGAGGACUAUGAGCGGCGCCGCAGCGAGUGUGUCAGUGAGAUGCUGGACCUGGAGAAGCAGUUCUCGGAGCUGAAGGAGAAGUUGUUCAGGGAACGCCUGAGCCAGCUGCAGGUGCGGCUGGAGGAAGUGGGGGCUGAGAGAGCGCCCGAGUACACCGAGCCCCUGGGGGGGCUGCAGCGGAGCCUCAAGAUCCGCAUUCAGGUGGCAGGGAUCUACAAGGGCUUCUGCAUGGACGUGAUCAGGAAUAAGUAUGAGUGUGAGCUGCAGGGAGCCAAGCAGCACCUGGAGAGCGAGAAGCUGCUGCUCUACGACACCCUGCAGGGGGAGCUGCAGGAGCGGAUCCAGAGGCUGGAGGAGGACCGCCAGAGCCUGGACAUCAGCUCGGAGUGGUGGGAUGACAAGCUGCACACCAGAGGCAGCUCCAGGUCCUGGGACUCCCUGCCGCCCAGCAAGAGGAAGAAGGCGCCCCUCGUCUCCGGCCCUUACAUCGUGUACAUGCUGCAGGAGAUCGACAUCCUGGAGGACUGGACGGCUAUCAAGAAGGCCAGGGCCGCCGUGUCCCCGCAGAAGAGAAAAUCCGAUGUGAUUUCUCCUUCCCUCGGACCCCUAGGACCGUGACCCUGUGGUUCACAGCCAGCGGGGACCCUCGGAGCAACAGGCACCAAACCCGGAUCACAUCUUCCCACCAGAGGCAGGCGGACAGGCCUCGGUCUCCCCGCCGGCUCCGCAUGCUGCUGCGGGCAC